AUGGUCGCACCCCAUUUGACCAUUGUCUUCAUCUCGACGAUUCUUGUUCUUGCAACUUCGAUUUCCGCUAAGGACUACGUUGUUGGUGAUGGAAGUGGUUGGACUCUCGACUUCGAUUAUCAAACUUGGGCUAAGGAUAAAGUCUUUUUCGUUGGAGAUAACUUGGUAUUUAAUUAUGCGUCUGGUUCCCACAAUGUGGUGAAAGUGAACGGGACCGGUUUCCAACAAUGUGUCGUUUCAUCUGGCAAUGAAGUUUUGAGAAGUGGACGAGACGUCAUCCCCCUUAAAACCCCAGGAAGGAAAUGGUAUAUUUGUGGUGUCGGAAAGCAUUGUGAGUCAAGAAACAUGAAACUUGUCAUCACAGUUCUAUCGGAUGCAAAGAACUCGGUUCCAAUCCCAAUAGCAACAUCAGCAUCAACCAAACUGGCAGCCUAUAGCCUUAUAACUGCAUUCUUCAGCAGCCUUUUGCUAUUAUUCAUUUAA